AUGGGUUCCACCGCUGCAGUUGAAAUCAUCGGCAGCAACAAGGACUUGGCGGUGGAGAUCCUUCAGCAUCUGCCGGCGAAAUCCCUCAUUCGGUUCAAGUCAGUCUCUAAAGCAUGGCACUCUCUCAUCUCCACUCCUCGCUUCUCUCUCCUCCUCUGGCAAUCCCAUCAUCAUCCCAAAGUCUCCGGCCUUUUCUUCAACACUAGACCCCGAACUGAAACCAUCAAAUACAUUCCUCUCCCUCACUCCGACUUGAGGAAUCAAUGUGAUAUUACAACCGUUGUUCAUGGUGGAGAAGAAAACAAUUCACCACCUCUCUUUCCUGAUAUGUCUACCACAAUCACACACUCUUGUAAUGGUUUUCUACUCUAUUUUACUAACCAGCAGCACUUUGGCAGUUCCAGUUGGAAAUCGUACUCGUACCAUGUUUAUAAUCCUACUACCAAGCAAUUCGCUACUCUUCCAUGGCCUUUCACUUGCACUUUCCCUUUCCUUGAUGACUUUUUAUAUUUGGUUUUCGAUCCUUUAAAAUCACCUUCACUACAAAGUUGUUUUGGUUCAAGCUUCAGAGCAUGGUAA